AUGGCAGCUGGCAAGAUGCCUCUCAUUCUCGAUAAUCCUAUGGGCGGAGAGGCCAUGCAAGUCGACUUGGACGACGUUGAUGAUCUAUUCGGAGAUGGGACAGCCCUCACUCUACCAUCACGACCUCCAAGCAAACGCCUGAGACAAAGGCUAGAUGACCUCCGUGUGAGAGGCUGCUGCCAGGGAAUUGCCUGGUCUAAGGGAGGCACCAUAGCAUCUAUUUCAUCCGAUGGCCAACAGCUGCAGUUGAGAUAUAUACACGCGCAGAGUAAAGAUGCCACCUUUGUCUUAAGCGAACCCAAUUCCAUAUCACCAUGGGGGAAUCUUCCAGCCGGACCCCUCGUUCAUCUCAGCUGGGGUCCCUCCAACACGGAGCUCGCUGUCAUCGACGCCGUAGGAAGAGUCCUGAUUCUCAACUUCAGCGUAAAUCUCAACCGUCCCUCGCUCUCUAGAAAGUGGGACGGAGAUUCCCUUGACGAUUUACAAGCCAUUGUUGGUACCUAUUGGCUACAGAGUACUCCAGUACCAAACCCAAGAUCCCCUCCAUAUGUCCCAUGCUAUGCGCCAGCCGUCAGAAGUGGCAAUUCAAAUAACUACAACUUCGGGAUGUCCCCGAUCAUCAGCACCGGCCCUUGGCACCCGCAUCCUAACAAAUCUGCCUUGAUUUGUGUCACUACGACCGGUAUUCUCAAGAUGUUCUGGAGCCAGAAUAAUGGCAGAAUUGAAGAGACAACGCUGGAACUUGAGAAUGUUACUUUGGCAGAUGAUCUAGUGACCCAUGCCUCGGUGUGCUCAGACAGAACAAAAACUCUCAUGAUCUGUAUGGCAACUGCAUCGAAGCAACUGCGAAUUGUCCAGGUCGGCAUUAAUUGGGGUAUUCCCAAAACCGAGGGCGCACAAAAUGCACCACCUGGGAGUCACCAGUUAAGUCCCACGCUUACGAAAAGACAUGUAGCAGUUGCUAGCUGGUUCCAACCGAGCUCUAACGUAUCACACCUUGAUUCAUCUAUGACGAAACUUACACAUAUUGAAUUGUUGCCUGCUAUACUCAACAGUUCAACUAAAGAGUGGUCGCCUGUCAUGGUCUUGACAGUGCGAUCUCUCAUACCGGAACCAAACUCACCCUAUGCACAAGAGGUCCAAAGCAUCAUUGAUCGGUGGGAACUAUUAUCCGAUCAACAGCAGACGCUUCACCCAGCCUUUACCCAACUUGGUGCUAGGAGAAACAGUGUUGGAUCUUCACCGCCGAAUGGCGGUAGACUUAAGAAACUCGACUCUGUAGUCGUUAACAAGAUCGUGAUCGGUGUUAACCCUGUUAACUUUUCGAGAGCUCUUUGCUUCAGUUACCACGACGGCAGCGUAGAAUAUCGAGAUCGGUUCACCAUGGCCGAAUUAUACCGAGAGCCUAACUUAGACCGCAUCAACUCAAUUUUUGACGUUGGUUUCUCUCAAGCCGGAGACUCGUCAUGUCUCCAAGUGGCCUUUUCACCCACAAAUUUUUCCUUAGUUCAGAUUUGCGAGGAUGGCCAAGUCAAAUGGCACAGCAUAAAUUACACUCUAGCAGAUCUUGAGUCUAUGACUGACGCUCAAGUGUCUGCUCUUGUCGCUUGUUUUACCAUUUCGACUGCCCAGGCCGCUUCUCAAAGCGUAAAUAUCGACGAUAUUUUAGCUGUCGCUCGGAAAUUCGUUGGCAAGGACGCUUUUGCGGUUGAGUGGGUGAAAACUAUGGUACAAAUGAUGAAGAUCACUGUCGACUACACAGAAGAUGCUCCCCAUGACCAUCUCAUUAAGAAUAGCAUUCUACAGAUGUGCCUUAGUGUCACUAACAAUCUUGGUUGGAGAGGCGAUUUCCAGCCACGGCAAACCUGGGGGAAGUUAUCUAUGAUAGCCCUUAACCUACGCAACAUAGUCAUCAUGAUCACGCUUUCGAGUAAUUCCAUAAACCACAACAAGACUACCAUGACACCACUUGAUGAACCUGAUGUUGUCAAUGCUUUGGCCGGCUGUGUCAAGUGGUCGACUGAUCUGCUUUGCUGGCUGUGCGACUCCUUGUUUUGUCUAUUGGAUGACGCCAAGUUCAUGAGUCUCUUAAAGCAGCCUCAGUUGGCAAACAUGACGGCGUAUUUACACUCAAAAAAUGAAGUCGCCUUGCAUUUAGUAUUAUGUUCAGCAACACGCGGUCUUCUCUCGGCAGUGUGUCGCCGAAUUUGGCUCCUCGACUCGUUUUCUACUCGUGCAAUCACCUGGUAUGAAAACCGCGAGAAGGCUAACGCAAAUGCCGCCCCCGAGCCUCGGGCUACCGCUCACCCAGCUCUAUAUGCAGCAUACCAGAGAGUGCGGCGGUACACUUCAUCCUCGCUCAUUAAGGCCGAUGAAUUUGACAAGCUGCUGAAUAGCCUUAGUGCUGAAGUUCGGUCAGCUUAUAGCGAAUCGCUUGCGGUACUUGGAGAGCAAGCUGCUAGAGCUGCAAAUAACAGUCAGUCGCAGCAAGGCCAGAAUCCCAAUCGACCUGAUGUGUCCCAAGAGGCCAUUGCCCGCGGGCGUCAACACUGCGAGUUAGGCAUGCUUGUAGUGCAAGCACCGCCACCAUCCUUCGUCUCUGUCGUCGACAAGUUCUUCGACAAAGACUUGCGGGAAUUCCGUGCGCAUGUCAACGUAGCCAAGCUAUAUUUCGCCGACUAUUCAAUCCUGGAAAUCAACGACAGCCCGCGCAGUCUGCAGAAAAGGAGGGCAAGAGGCACCAGAGUAGACCUCUUCAAGAGGAUUGAGAUAUCGAGGAAACCAAGCACUGCCAAUGCCAAGCCUCCAGCAUGGAGAUCUUGUGCUAGGUGUGCCAGCGUCAUGGAGGACCUUUCCAUGAUAAAUAAUAAGCCGGGUCUCAUGUUUCUACUGCGUCAACAAACCCACUGCUCAUGUGGGGGGCGUAUGGCGUUAUUACAGGAAACGCGAGCAUCCCACUAA